UCAGCAGCAAAAGCUCCCCGGCUCGUGUAGACCUGGCUGAAGUCGGGCUUGGUCCCCUCAUGGGCGAAACUUGGUGCCUGAAUGCGAUGGGACGUGUGUGUGCAAUGCGUGUGCCAAGUGAGGAGAGGGGCAAGGCGGAAGAAUAAGGUGUGGAUGGUGAGGGGGAGACGGGAGUUGUAUAAAAUCAUGACAUGUGCUGCCGCCGUGGAAGUGUGGUCGCCGCCGUCUCCAACCCGUCCAUCUAGACAUUGCCGGGCAGACAAGCCAACAUUUGAUUGACUCCCCCAAAAGUAGCAGAAAAGAAGACAAAAGCACACAAAGGCCCCAAAAUGGCUCCCCUCAUCACGCACCUCUACACGGCCGACCCGUCGGCGCACGUAUUCAACGGCAAGAUCUACAUCUACCCCUCGCACGACCGCGAGACGGACAUCAAGUUCAACGACAACGGCGACCAGUACGACAUGGCCGACUACCACGUCUUCUCGACCGAGUCGCUGGACCCGCCCGCGCCCGUCGUCGUCGACCACGGCCUGGCCCUGCGCGCCGAGGACGUGCCGUGGGUGUCCAAGCAGCUCUGGGCCCCGGACGCGGCCACGCGCGACGGCAAGUACUACCUCUACUUCCCGGCCCGCGACAAGCAGGGCAUCUUCCGCAUCGGCGUCGCCGUCGCCGACUCGCCCGAGGGGCCCUUUGCGCCGGACCCGGAGCCCAUCCGGGGGUCGUACAGCAUCGACCCGGCCGUCUUUGUCGACGACGGCGACGACGGCGACGACGGCCACGCCUACAUGUACUUUGGCGGCCUCUGGGGCGGCCAGCUGCAGUGCUACCAGGGCGGCAACGACGACGUCUUUGAUGCCUCCAUGCAGGGGCCCAAGGAGCCCUCGGGCGCCGGCGUGCACGCCCUGGGCCCGCGGGUGGCGCGCCUGACGCGCGACAUGCGCCAGCUAGACGAGGAGGUGCGCGAGGUGGACAUACUGGCGCCCGAGACGAAGGACAAAAUCCUGGCCGACGACCACGACCGCCGCUUCUUCGAGGCCGCGUGGAUGCACAAGUACCGCGGCAGGUACUACUUCUCCUACUCGACGGGCGACACGCACUACCUGUGCUACGCCGUCGGUGACAAUCCCUACGGGCCCUUCACCUACGGCGGCCGCAUCCUCGAGCCAGUCCUGGGCUGGACCACGCACCACUCCAUCGUCGAGUUCAAGGCCAGGUGGUACCUUUUCCACCACGACUGCGAGCUAAGCAAGGGCGUCGACCACCUGCGAUCCGUCAAGGUAUGCGAGAUCUUUUACGACAAGGAGGGCAAGAUUUCGACGGAGAAGCCGGCCGAGUGAGGUGGCGAACUUUUGGAUGGUCGAUCGAUCGAGUUGGUUGAUUACAGCCAGGCCUGUCUGUCUUGCCUGUUUGCCUAGUCUGUUUGCCCUAGUGACAAUGGCGGCAAAUGAAUGUGUACAAAGGAAUAAGAGAUACAUUGUCGUUCCAGUCCUCCCAGUCACCGGUUCUGUACAAAGGAAUAAGAAAUACAUUGUCGUUCCAGUCC